AUGUCGGCUCCGGGCGGUGCUCCGAUCUCCAGCAAGCUGACCUCUGAGGACGUCAAACGUCUCAAGGCCGCCAUAGAAGCAGCAGAGACAGUUGACGAGAUCACACGGCUCGAGCGUGUCCUCCUUACUGGUCGAAUUGAUGAUGUUGCCGACCUCUUAAGAAGAGAAGGAGGCGGGGGAGAUGUCUUGUCGUCCUUGUGGGCGGAUACGAGGUCAGAGAAGCAGAAAGAGAAAAGGGCUCUCUCUAGCAAGCCCAUCACGGAGCCCUCGGGUCAUCGAGUAGUGCCUCCCCUCCUAGCCGUGCCCUUGCCAAAGCGACCAAGGCUCAACGAGUGGGGCAGUCGUCCAUCCCACGAAGUGCCGAAAGAAGUCCUGACGUGCCUUCAUACACGUCUGCUUAUCCGAGCUCGACUCAGCGGUAACUCUCGAGGACUUGAACCCGUGAUCGAUCCGGAUGCUGAUAUCAAAGGGUGGGCUUCAACGAGAGUCCUGGCACGUGACUCGCCAGUGAAGGAAGAUUCAACGGGCUCCUCAGUCGAAGCACCACACCGUCGUCGGGAUGUGAUCGCCAUCAGCGUUGGCAUGUGUUCCACUCUCGAUCCGACCGAUGGCAGGACCUUGGGCCGGGAACUGUGCCGAGUGGUCGUGAGGGACUACAGUGAGGACAACGAGGUUUUGCUGGAUGUCCAGGUGAAGCCUGUUGGGCACAUAGCAGAUAUGAGACCACACUCGACCGGGUUGGAGUCUCUCACCGAAUCGGCGGCGCCUCCCAGCGUUGCCCGUCAGAAAGUGAUGGACCUCAUGCACAGCGGAACCGUUGUCCUCUGCAUGUCUAUGCUGCCAGCGAAGGCACUAGAGAUCCGCCACGAGUGCUGGUUGCCAAUGACCCACCUGUUCGAGAUGGACUCUUCGCGAGUGAAUAAGGACGACGUGUAUGUGAAGCUGCCUCUUACACACCGGCAGCUCCAUGCAGCUGUAUUAGGGGAGGCCGACGGAAGCCUUGGUUCGAGGAGAGAGCCCACCCUCACCGACCCCUUGUUGGCCGAGUCACUGGACGUGAUCAAGCUUGUAAGGGGUGCUGUCUCAACGGAGCUGGCGAAAACUGGACCAGAUGGUGGCGAGUCGGACGCCUUGGAGUUGACGCAUGCACUGAAGAUUGGCCCCCCUUUGAGGCCUAAGGAGAUAUCCGUAGAGCACAUCCCUUCUGAUUGGCGGGACGCUGAGAUAUCAGCCCUCUUUCCGGAUGCUUCCGCCAUACACGCCGUCACUUGGGAGCUCGUGCAGUCCGAACCACGAAGCGAGCUGGAGUGGCGAGGGCACUGCAUAGUAGAGUUCGCUAGUGUGAAUGUGCGCAACAAGCAGUUCUCCAACCUGCAGGGUUGCACUGAUGUGUUCGUUGGCUAUGAUUGGGAGGUGGCAGAGGAAGUUGAUGAGGAGCUGCUGAAACAGCUAGCGUCCGAGUUCGGCGUCGUCAAUCAUGCGAGAAUCCCGGCCAAGUUUCGGCCGCCCUUUAAGAAAGAUGAGAAAACUCGUCCAUUCGGCUUCGUAUCUUUUGCGCACCGGGAAGACGCAGUUAAAAUGGGCCGAAAAAAGAGCCUUCGAGCUCCCGGCACUGGUGCUGACGGAAGAGUCGUUCUGUUGCGACCCAAACUCGGUAAACAUUUAGAUGGUCCAUUGAAGAGAGUACCCGUGAAAAUCGGUGAUUACAUCGAGGUUCACAAAACGUGA